ACGGACUUUUGGCUAUUCACAUCUUGUCCCUCCGUCUCUUCAGAAAGCAUCAUUAUUGAUAAUAACUUCGACUCCUCCAUGAGACGUCAGAUUUCGUGAAUUUGCUAAACAACAAGCAGUUUUCAACCAUGAACCUUCCAGACGAACUCCUUUUAUACACAUUCUCGCAUUUACAUGCCAUCAGGAGCUAUGAACCACAAUCAGAAGCCUUCAAGGACAAAAAACAAGAAAGAGCUAGGCAAUGUGAAAAUACUCAACGUCAGGCUACCCUUUAUGCACUCACAUUAACCUCUCGACGAUUCAAAAAUAUAGCGGAGCCCAUUCUAUAUAAUGCUUUCAUUAAUACGACAACCUGGAAAGGCUUCAAACCUCUAUGCCUUUUCCUCAGAACAGUAUCUCAACGGCGUCAUCUCGCCGCGUACGUGCAAUAUGCCGAAAAUCGCCUCUGGGACUACCAUGGAAAUGGCCUUUAUGACGACAUGGAACUGUACGGCGCCACUGACAUGGUUAAAGACUACUUCGAUACUUUUGGUGCCAUCCUUGGUUUCUGUAGCAAUCUCAAUCAUCUCUCCAUUGUCAGCCUCGAGACAGCAGAGGUCUCGCUCUGGCGCAACCUCAUACGGUAUAAGCAGCCACCCUUCGAGAUGUCCACGCACGGCUUUCAGAAGCUGGAAACACUGUGCCUACAAAUUCAUACCGAGGACUAUGGUCUCGGCGAGGAAUCGGCAUGGUUUCGUCGCAUUAGUAAUGCUUUGAUUACAGUGCCAACACUCAAAGUUCUAAAGGCGAGCGGGAUCACCAGUGGCUCGGCUGGUUUCGUCACAGGCCAAUACAAGUCACUCGAAGACAUCGAUAUUUCCGAGUGCAUCCUGGACUUCUCCGAUCUCGUCUCCCUUGCUGAAUCCUCCCCUCAUCUUAAGAGAUUCGGGUGCACGUGGGCGUACCUGAACAGUGUGGGUUUUCAUCUACCAGAUCUCUACGAUGCCUUAUGUUCUGUCCAAACCAGCCUUGAACACCUUCAUCUCGACACGCGAGAGGUCCGGUUCUGUGCGGAAGACUUUCCACUCCAGCCUCUAGGAAGCUUACGAGAUUUUCUCGAAUUGAAAUGCGUCGAGUUGUGCGAGUCGAGUCUCCUCGCAAAUGCGAUGUCCCUUCUAGACUUUCCCGACCAAAAGCUCUCAACCCGAAUCUCCGACCGACUCCCUCCAAAUAUCGAACACCUCACACUCCUUGUAAAGUCCGAAUACGGUUACAACGAAGAUUGUCGGAUCGACGAGGCGUUCGCUUUGUGGGAUCUCGCCGAAGACUGCCACAGGCACCUGCCGCAUUUAAAGCAAAUCCACAUCAAAUCCGCCUACGAACUGUCAGCGCCCCUGUUAACGAGACAGUUCCGUGAAGCUGGGGUAGAGUUUGCAACAAUAAAGGAGCUGGAUAUGAUGCAACACGAUUGACUAUCCGUCCGCACGAACAUCUUCCCUCCCUUCCCGGAAGCCAUCGAGGACGAGGAAGAUGAUCGUGCGGCUGCGAUAAACCAAUCGAGGUCCGGUAGCAAGGAUUUUGGGUUUGAUAGUCAUGUCCUGCAAAAUCUGAUGGGCAGUGUAAUCGCGAGGAGAUUGACUUCUAUCCUUGGAAUGUAAUCGUAGCGUGUUUUCUUUCAUUAAGUAUCAGUAUUCUAGUCUAUAAUAUCCCCCAAUGGCAGGUUUGAUCAAGG